GUCCUCCACACCAGUAGGCGGCGCUUGACUUCAAUAGUUUUCCGACCUCAGAACAAAGGAAACGCUGAAGAAGAACCUCCGCGCUGAAAGUAGAAACAAGUCAGUACAUAAAUAAUGCUGCUUUAACUUCGUUGUGUUUUAACGCUUUUUGAUGUCUUUACGGUUAUUUUUGUUUGAUAAUCGUUGGCGAAAUAUGCUAAAGCUACAUCCGGUCGUGAUCUGGUAAUAAGCCAAGCAGCUGCGUUUCUGUUGUGAUCGUUUUUACGUACGGAGGCAUCGUUCUCUAGCCGGUAAAAUGCCUCUGGGUUUGAAGCCGUGCUGCUUUGUCUGUAAGACGAACUCUUCCUCAAUGUGGAAGAAAGGCACCCAGGGUGAAAUACUGUGCAACAACUGCACAGGGAAGAGCAGCAGUAGCGGCGGCGGCGGGGGAGCUUCGGGACCCUCCUCCAUAUCAACCAUCACACAGCCCAGCAACGGCGGGGCCAAGCAGUCCAAACAGGAAAUCCACAGGAGGUCUGCACGGCUGAGAAGCACCAAGUACAAAGCUCCUGCUUCUGAGAAAAAAGUGUCAACAAAAGGAAAAGGAAGAAGACACAUUUUCAAGCUCAAAAAUCCUAUCAAAGCACCAGAAUCCGUAGCAACAAUCAUCACAUCAGAAUCUAUAUUUUAUAAGGGCGUUUACUACCAGGUGGGCGAUGUGAUCAAAGUGAUAGAUGAGGAGGAUGGAAAGCCGUACUACGCUCAGAUCAGAGGAUUUGUGCAGGACCAGUACUGUGAGAAAAGUGCAGCACUGACGUGGCUCAUUCCCACUCAGGCCAGCUCGAGCGAUCAAUUUAACCCUGGAACGUACAUCGUCGGACCAGAGGAGGAUCUACCCAGAAAGAUGGAAUACUUGGAGUUUGUGUGCCACGCCCCAUCGGAGUAUUUCAAGUCUCAGAGCUCCCCAUUCCCCACCAUCCCCAUAUGUCCUGAAAAGGGUUACAUCUGGACCCACAUAGGAUCCACACCAACUCUUACUGUCAAAGAGUCUGUCAGCAGCGCGAGCUAACAGGACCGAUGUGGACUUGGCCUGUUGCAUUCAAACAGAUAAAUGUACAUUUAUGUAACAUAGAGAAAAUGGUUGCGGACGGCAGCCACUAUUUCAGUAUAAAGGAAAGUUGCAAUUUGAUACUAGAUGGACGGCGUAUACAAGUUGUUUACACAUAACUGCAAUAUUGGAAUAAAUUUGCAAAUAAAAAAACGUGAAAAAACCCUUCAAGCAUCA